AUGGAUAAGCUCCAGGGCGGCGACUGGAAUAGCUUCUUUCAUCAAUUUGAAGCAGUUGCUUCACAGUCUACCACCAGUGUCUCACGUCCUUCAAUCGUCGAUGACAAUGUACCGUUACCGAUCAUUCGCGGACAUCAUUUCGAUAUCGCUUAUCACGAUGCAAUGGAUGAGCAUGUCAAAUGUCAGGUGAGGUGUCAGGUUUCU